UAUGCAUUUUUUGUUAUUCUGUGAGAAUGGAGCGGCCGUGCGCAUGAGCGUGCGUGACAGCACAGGGCUGCAGCGAGUUGAGGGGCUAUUGUAGCUCACAUCUUGCGAUGAACUGCGAAGACUGGGCGAGCGCUCUGCAAUCCUACAUGUCUUCGGCCGAAUGUCUACGUUCGUCGUGGACGUAGAAAGCGUACAAGUCACGAAGUAACCCGGGGUUUUAUGUGCGCGCUUUCGAGUCAGCCUCGUUCCUUGUCCGUUGCUGCUGACGUGUGUGCGUGCGUUGGAAUACUGCUGCUGGCAUCAGUAGUGCUGUAGCGCCAGCGCACGGUCCACACACCAGUGACAUGCGUUGAUGUGCCACACUAGAAUGGUCGGCUGAUGCUUCGGCCUGCAGCGAGCCCGCCCGCCGCCACUCCACCAGAUGGAGGAUCCAUGCAGCGGUGUGCCACGCUUGGUGCGAGCGCCGGCCCUCAAACGCGGACGUGCGGAUGCGACGCCACUCUCCGAGCGGGUCAAGCUAGAGCGGGUACUGGGCCUGACUGUCACGAGCAGCGCGGCGCUUGACUGCGACCCCAGUUCGGGACUGGUCGCCUAUCCAGCCGGGUGCGUGCUGGUGUUGUACAACACGCGGAAGAACCGGCAGCAGCACAUCUUGAACGCGUCCAAGAAGACAAUCACGUGCCUAGCCUUCUCCUGGGAUGGAAAGUACCUGGCCACUGGCGAGUGCGGACAUCAGCCGCACGUGCGCAUUUGGGAUGUCGCCGAGAAGACCCAGGCUGCCGAGUUUCCGGGUCACAAGUUUGGCGUCACCUGCGUGGCAUUCUCACCUAAUCUCAAGUAUGUGGUGUCAGUGGGCACCCAGCACGACAUGGUUGUCAACGUGUGGGACUGGCGCAGCAACACCAAGCUGGCCUCCAACAAAGUGUCGGCCAAGGUCAAGGCGGUGUCCUUCUCCUCUGGCGGGCACUACUUUGUCACCGUGGGCAACCGCCACGUCAAGUUCUGGUACCUGGAAUACUCUCGGGGAACUAAGUACAAGCCCGAGCCCGUGCCGCUGAUGGGCCGAUCGGCCAUUCUCGGGGACCAACGCAACAAUUACUUCUGUGGUGUCGCGUGCGGGCGGGGUGAGUGCCAGGGAAGUACCUUUGCCAUAACCCGGUCGGGCCUGCUGUGCGAGUUCAACAGCCGCCGCCUGCUCGACAAGUGGGUGGAACUCAGGAGUAGCUGUGCAAACUGCAUCACCGUGGGUCGGGACUGCCUGUUCGUGGGUUGCGCGGAUGGCGUGGUGCGCUGCUUCAGUCCGUCGACGCUGCACUUCCUGGCGACGCUGCCUCGGCCGCACCCGCUGGGUCUGGACUUGGCCCUCGCGACGGGCGUGGGGGGUGCACCCCCUGUAGUGGUAGGCGGGGGUUCGGCCCCGCCCCGUCACCCCCACACGGUCGCCGUCUGCUUCGACGAGGUGCACCGGCGGCUGACGUGUGUCUACAACGACCACAGUCUGUUCGUUUGGGAUGUGGGCGACCUGAAGCGCAUCGGAAAGUGUCACUCCUACCUCUUCCACAGUGCCUGCAUCUGGGGCAUUGAGAACUAUCCGGCCAAUGGGGAUCUGCUGCCAGCGGGCACGUUUCUUACGUGUUCGAGUGACGACACAAUCCGAGUGUGGAAUCUGGAUCGAGCGACGGCCGGUAGUCGCAACAUCUACUGUCCCGAACUUCUCAGUAUCCUGUACAUGGACCCGAACCUGACCUUCAUCUGUGAUGCCGACGUCCAAGGUGGCAGCAGCGACAAGGUGGACACAACGUACGAUGGCAAAAACGGUGUGCGCUGUCUCUGCAUCAGUCCAAACGGGAAGCAGCUAGCCUCGGGUGACCGAACAGGCAACAUUCGAAUUCACCAGCUGCAGAGGACGGGUGCCCAGGAGGUCUGCAAGAUCGAGGCGCACGACUCUGAAGUGCUUUGCCUCGAGUACUCGGGGCCUCCGGACGAGGGUGGCAGGUUGCUGGCCUCGGGAAGCCGCGACCGCUUUGUGCACCUUUUCGACGUGGAACAGGAGUAUGCCUUCCAGCAGACCCUGGAUGACCACUCGUCGUCCAUCACUGCUGUGCGAUUUGUGCGGGACUCUCCUCCGGGCACGCUGCAGAUGAUCUCCUGCGGCGCCGACAAGUCGAUAGUGUUUCGUAAGGCGCAACAGGGACAAGGCCCACCAGCGUUUUCGCGGAAACACCAUGUGGUGGGAAAAAGCACGCUUUACGACAUGGAGGUCGACAGCUCGCAGGAGCACGUGCUGGCUGCCUGCCAGGACAGGCAGGUUCGAGUCUACGCGCUGGCCUCGGGAAAGAACACGCGCUGCUUCCGCGGAAGCCCUGCUGAGGAGGGCACGCUGAUCAAGGUGGCUCUGGAUCCGACAGGCACAUACCUGGCGACCAGCUGCACGGACAAGACGUUGGCACUGUAUGAGUACAGCACGGGCGAGUGCCUGGCUUCGAUGCUGGGCCACUCGGAGCUGGUGACCGGGCUGAGGUUCAGCCACGACGGUCGCCACCUCAUCUCGGUCUCGGGUGACAGUUGCAUCUUCGUCUGGCGGCUGCCUCCAGAAGUGAGCCAGGUGAUCUCUAGCAACCAGGCCGGUGUACCCUUGCCAACCACUUGGCAGGACGCAAGCGCUGCCCUGGAGGCCGAGCGAGACCAGCGGUCGUCCUCUGUGGCUGUGGCACGACCCUUGGUGUCUGGCAGCCCACAGGAGGAGUCGUCUCCCGAGUACCGGUUCACACUAGGGCCCCUGCCCUCGUGGGCCAAGAAGCAGAUGAUGGAGCAGCAGCAGCCAGCCAACAGCAAGCCUCCUACUGUAGCACCACCACCUGUUCCACAGCCACGAGGUCGCUGGGCCCAGCGCUUCGACGCCGCUCGUGCCAUCUUUGAGAACGGCAAAGAGCUCCCGUGUGGAGGUGCCCGGGAAGGCGACUCAAGCAGCGCAGCAAGUGGCAGCGUACGUAUGGAAGACGGCGACGCCGAGGACGAGCAUUCUGACACGGAGGGGAGCGGUGGUGUCCUCUACCCCGUGCCCCAAGACGGAAAUGGUGCCGAGCCUGUUGGCAGCUUCCGGGUCACGGAGGCUGACCUGCCCCGCCGUCGUCCGCACCGACGUGUCUACAACAGUACCCCAGAUCUGCAGAGCGAAGCGAACAGCGAGGACGAAGACUCAAGCAGCACGGCCGAGCUGCGGCCGCUGUCGAUGUGCGUGAGCACCGAAAACCUGGACAAACUGGGCCAGCGGGAGCACUUCAUGCGCGCCAACUACGAGAGUCUCGAGCAACCUGUGACGCCCCCAUCCCUGGCGUCGGCGGGUCCCAGCCCCGGCACCCGGUCGAGCCUGUCUGCUCGCCACCACCGGCCGGAGCCCUCCUCGCUGGGCUCGGGCAGCAGCCGGAGGCGAGAGGAGAUGGCGCAAGCCUUGAACCAGGCACGCCAGAAGCUGAACGCCCUGGGCUGGUGCAGCAGCAAGAGCAGCGGCGACUUGCUCUCGGCCAACCCCGAGGAGAACCUCAUCCGCCGCACGGCCUCCAUGACCGACAUCUCGGCCAGGCGUCGGCUCACCUACUCAUCAGGUGACUCGGUUGGCCUCUGGUCCCAGCAGCAGCAGCAGCAACAACAACCUCAGCAGCCACAGCAGCAGCAGCAGCAGCAUCAGUCACUGACGCCCAUGCAAGGCAUGCUGCGCAGUGCCAGUCUUGGGGCCCUGCACAUGGCCGGUAGGCGGGCAGCUCCGGUGCAGGUGUCCGAUGACUCCUCUUCUUCCUCGGACAAUGAGUCGGCAGUCAAGGGCCCCACUCAGGUCGUGACCCCAAGCAGCGGACGCGAAUGGGGUGGGCGGGGUCACGAGGGUCCGCGUGCCCUGGUAGAGCCCAUGCUCCACGGGGGUCGUGGAGGCGGAGCAUCCACACCGGGCACGCCACGGCCCCUGCCCCCGAAUCCGGCCGUGGCACCUCUCACUCGGGAGCUCUGCGAGCGCGUUGCCCAGGAGCUGGCACGCAUCACUUCUUAUGCCAUCCACGUCUUUCAGAGGGUGACCAUGGAUGUGGACCUUUCCCCAGCUGACCGGUCAGCCAUGACCAACACCCUGGCCCACGGUGUGCUGCAAGCACAGCAGAACCUUCGGCCAGCAGCGCCUCCGCCGUUGCUGGCACCACCAGGAGCGGCACCUCUGUGGUCGGCACCGCCAGCCGAACCACCAGUCUUCCAGCAGUUUCCAGCUGCACGCCGUUUUGCCGCUGCUGAACCGGCACCUCCCGCCCAGCCACCGCCUCCCGUGGCACCCAUGGGCGGUCCCCUCAAUCAGUCGAGCUCGGACCUCAACGCGCUGCUGCAGCAGUACUCAGAGCAGCUCAUGAAGAUGGUCAAGGAGCAGAUGGCCAAAGGCGACAGCAAGCCCAGUGAUUCCACGUGACGCUAUUUUUUAGACGCACGAGCCAUUUUUUAUUAUUUUAUUUUAUUAUUUUAUUACUUGCUGCCAAUAAAGUGGUCUUUCAGCUGGUGA